UUUUUAUAUUCAAAUUGUUCAGCCCACUCUUAUUAUGAGUAGUCUUGAGCCUCCAAAUUCCUCCCCAACUACUGAUACACAGCCUGAGGGUGCCUGCAGCUGUGGCCACAGAACUGAUGUGGAUCCACCCCCAAUGAAUGACUGCUUUGCUGAUUGUGUAGCAAAAGCUAGUCAUGCUGCUUACACAUCUUUGCCCAAGAAUGGAAAGCCACAGCCUGGAAAGGAAUGGACUUUGUUAGCUUCUGUACUAGAGGCUGAUAGUACAUUGCCAUCUGAUGACCACCCACAUCCAAACCUUAAAGUUGUUGCCCUUGGUACUGGAACAAAAUGCAUUGGGCAAAGUAAAAUGAGUCAAAAUGGUGACAUACUUAAUGAUAGCCAUGCAGAAGUUAUUGCGAGAAGGGCUUUUCUUCGAUAUUUGUACAGUAAUAUUCUUGAGGCACUAAAGGGUAACACAUCAAGCAUUUUCCAACUCUUGAAAGAGUGUGGCCACUUUAAAUUACGUCCUGGAAUAUCUUUUCAUUUUUAUUCAAGCCACACUCCUUGUGGAGAUGCCUCGAUUUUUCCAAAAGAAGAGGAAUUAUUUGACCUCGGCAGCUGCGUUUUGAAAUCUGACAAUGAUUCCUUGCCUUUUGCCCCUAAUGAUGGUAGUGCUGUUAACAAGAAUGAUAUUGAAGGGGAAAAUAUUGCCACUGGUCUGAAGAGACCCCACUGUUGUGAUGAUACUGAGGAAGAAACAGUGUCAAAGAAGCAGAAAAGUGACAUCUAUCGCACUGGGGCCAAGUGUGUUCCUGAUGAAUGCAAACAAGAUCCCAAGCUUCCUGGUUCAGAUUAUCAUGUAGUGGGAGCAGUUAGAACGAAGCCAGGCCGAGGUGAUCCAACCCUGUCAGUAUCUUGCAGUGAUAAGUUAUUGCGUUGGAACUGUGUUGGAAUUCAGGGAGCCCUUUUGUCACAAAUUCUUGGAAGUCCAAUCUAUUUGCAGUCCAUCACAAUUGGUGGUGGUUGCCCCUAUUCUGAAAUGGCUUUGUCUCGUGCCAUUAAAACCCGAGCAUUUUGUGAAAGUGCCAACCUACCGCCUGGCUACAUCAUAAGCAGCCCUCAGUUGCUCCAGUCUUGCAUCCCAUUCCCCGAAAGGAAGAAACCAGAUGCUCCUAGACCUUGUUCGUCUAGUAUUGUGUGGUGUUGUGUUCAAGAAAGACCACAUGAGGUUGCAGUAAAUGGACAUAGACAUGGCGUCACAAAGAAAAUGCAAGCAACAUCAGCAGGAAGGCUACUUAUCAGCAAGAAAGACCUUUUUCAUCAAUUUAUGGUCUGUAGCCAGCGCCAAGUAACUAAUGUCACUUAUUCAGAAAGUAAAUUGGGAGCUGAUGCCUAUUACAAAGCGUGGUGUAGUAUUCUUACAGCAACAGGACUAGUAUGGACCAAAAAGCCCAAAUUUUUAAAAGAUUUUACAUGUGAGCUCUAAGGUUGCUCAUUACUUAAUUUAGAUGUAUACAACUCAUAUGUUGAUUUUCUUAAAUAAUAUCAGCAUGCAACAAAAUAGUUCUAUAUAUAAAAACCUUUGGAUUAAGCUAAAACUACAAGUUUUGGAUAGAAUAAUUAAAAUAUUGCAUCUUGCAAACAAUUGAAUAAAAAAAUUUGUCAAAACUAGUGGAGUAGUUAAAAUCAUUCCCCAGCAUUAGUCAUUUCCUUACUCUAGAAAUCACCUAGUACAAAGAGGAAGUUCUUGGUCAUGAGUUUAAAAAACUUUAGAGUAAGCAAUUCUAAAUGGUCACUGCCCUUGAUUGAGAAAUAAAAUUCCUUUUGUUUUUAAAAAA